AUGGCAUCAUCAAGCUCAUACAAUUCACCAUGUGCAGCCUGCAAAUUUCUUCGUCGAAAAUGCAUGCCAGGUUGCAUCUUUGCACCUUACUUUCCACCAGAAGAGCCACAAAAAUUCGCAAACGUUCACAAGAUCUUUGGCGCAAGCAACGUGACUAAGAUCCUCAACGAACUCCUCCCUCACCAGAGAGAAGAUGCAGUGAAUUCACUCGCUUAUGAGGCCGAAGCGCGUGUGAGGGAUCCAGUUUAUGGCUGUGUUGGUGCUAUCUCUUUCCUUCAGAGACAAAUCCAAAGGCUUCAAAAGGAGCUUGAUUCUGCUAACGCUGAUCUUCUCCGUUUCGCUUACAAUGAUCUCUCGCCUAACUCGUCUCUUCCGCCUCUUCCUCCUCUAGUUGUUCAAUCUUCAUUUCAUCACCAACCUCAGAGACAGUUCAGUUCGAGAUUCGGUAUUGGUAAUACUAAUGUUGAAGCAAGUGGUUUUUACUCUUUUCCUUAUGCUAUUCCAUGGAAUGAUAACAUUAACAACACCUCUACUGAGGAUAUAAAUGGAGGUUUAGGAGCAAGAGGAGGAGGUAAUAAUUUGUGA